AUGUAUGGAGACUUGGGCAUCAAACUGGUCCAACACGCCAAGAGAACUCAGAAUUUGGCACAUCUGCCUCCAUACCAAGCUGAGCUUGUUCGUGCAGUGACCAGAGAAGUCAGAGAUCUCAACAAAGAUGUUGAUGAUCUGCUUGAGCCCUUCCAGGGCUCGUUCGACCCAGCAGAGGAUCAGGCGGUAGCAUACACACUUCUUGUGAAUCACAUCUCAAUGCGCAGAAACAAGCGGUGCUUGCUGGCAUAUCACAGAACUCGCACCGACAAACUGGAAGAGCUUGUCUGGAAUGGCGCGGAUGUCAUUGACUUGUCUGGCCAGCAGGAGGAAGACUAUGUGCGACAAUACGGCGAUUUACUGGCAGCUUACAAGGGACAGUGGACCGAUAUUGAUCUCACUGGUAGCCUAGAGCCACCAAGGGACCUGUUCAUCGACGUUCGUGUUCUCAAAGAUGCGGGUGAGAUUCAGACAGAAUACGGGGCAAUUACUUUGACAAAGAACAGCCAAUUCUACGUUCGACAGGGAGACGUAGAGCGGUUAAUUGCACAAGGAUAUCUGCAGAAGCUCAGCUGA